CUAUUGCACAGUGAAUCAACAUGAGCCAAGUAGUACUUUACGAUCUCCCGAGCACGCCACCCAAAGCGUCAUGGUCCUUGAAUCCAUGGAAAACCCGAAUGGCAUUGAACUUCAAGGGUGUCGACUACAGGACGGAUUGGAUCGAAUACCCUGAUCUCGCUCCAAAACUCAAGUCAUUUGGACUCCCUCCAAAUGACAGAAACGCACCUGGUGUUUCGGCAGAUUACUCCAGUCCAGCAAUCCGCUUCGCAGAUGACACGUUGAUGAUGGAUUCGUGGAAUAUCAUUUUCGAGCUCGAGAAGCGGUAUCCCGAGCCGUCUCUCCACUUGGAUGACCCCAUCGUGUUACAGGUCCGCGACUUGAUAGCCGUGGUUAGGGAUCCCCUCAUGACUUUGACGCUUCCAAAAGUACCCGACAUCCUGCCUGAGAGGUCAGCGCAGUACUUCUACGACACCCGUAAAGUGAGGUUCGGAAUGCCUCUAUCCGACUACUACAAGUCGAAGAGUGUAGAACAGUGCUGGGAAGAAGUUAAAGCGCCUGCUAAGCAAUUCGUUGAUCUGUUGAAUUCGAAAGACGGCGGACCUUUCUUCCUAGGCGAGACAUUAUCGUACGCGGACUUCAUUUUUGUUGCAUUUUUGCACUUUCUAAAGCGUGUGGAGGUGGAUGUCUUUGAACGAUUUCUUUCUUUGGACAACUCGUUCUCGGCUAUCUAUGAGGCGUCAUCUGAAUGGUUGAAGAAGGAUGACUGAGUGGGUAUUGCAAUCUUGUGGAACGUAUUAUUCAUGGCAUCUAGAACCACGUCUGAGGGCAUUGGUAAGAUAGAAUGACGCUUAGUGAAUAUACUAUGAUUUUAUGAUGCAAUAUUGAAUG